AAAGGGAUUUGUUUUUUGAAAAUAUUGAUAUAAAUAUAUAGCAAAAAAAGAAAAAGCAAUUUGCCCAAAACAGAAGGCAAAUCAGGAAGAAGACUUUGAAACCCAAAACACAGAACACAACUUCGCAUCCGUGAAUUCUCUCUCGCUCCUCUCUCAUUAUACACUGCUCCUCUCAGUGGAUAACGAGAAAGGUUUUAGAGAGAGAAAACGCCGCAAUUAUGAGGGAUUCGGGUCUGGAUCUGUUCGACCCGAGCGCCACCGUCAUGGACUCCGCAUACAGCUCCUCCCCCAGCGGCAGCCGCGACCCCGAUUUCGGCUUCGCCUUCAACGACAGCAAUUUCUCCGACCGCGUGCUUCGAAUCGAGAUUGUCGCCGAUUGCGCCGACGCCGUGCCCGAACCCGACGGUUGCAAAACCCUAGCUGAUUGGGCGCUGCGCAAGAGCAAGCGGCGCCGUGGGGACAUAGCUAGGAAGGAGAAUGCUUUGGAUAUCAACAACUGCCCUGAAGAGCAGAUUUUAGAUGGUCAGCCCGAAGCUGAGGAUGGCGUUGGUGAUGAGAAUCAUGAUGAGGAAGAGAUUCCAAUGAUAGAAGAUUCUCCAUCAGGGGAUGAAGCUGUUCAUAGCGAUGACUCAAAUUGGUCUGAAGAUGGUUCAAGAGUGAUCAGAGUGAAAACUUUGCAUAUUAGCUCUCCCAUCUUAGCAGCCAAGAGUCCAUUUUUCUAUAAGUUGUUCUCAAAUGGUAUGAUGGAAUCAGAACAGAGACAUGUCACCCUACGAAUUAAUGCCUCAGAAGAAGCUGCACUUAUGGAACUCCUAAAUUUUAUGUAUAGCAACACGUUAAGCACCAAUACAGCUCCUGCUCUAUUAGACGUGCUAAUGGCUGCUGAUAAGUUCGAGGUAGCUUCAUGCAUGAGACAUUGCAGUCGUUUAUUGAGAACAUUGCCCAUGACUCCAGAGUCUGCGUUACUGUAUCUGGAUCUUCCUUCUAGUGUCCUUAUGGCUGAUGCAGUUCAACCACUGACUGAUGCAGCAAAACAAUUCUUAGCUGGACGUUAUAAAGAUAUAUCAAAGUUCCAAGAUGAGGUUAUGAAUUUGCCUCUUGCUGGGAUUGAGGCAAUUCUGUCUAGCGAUGAUCUUCAGGUGGCUUCAGAGGAUGCAGUUUACGACUUUGCACUAAAGUGGACCAGGACUCACUAUCAGAAGCUGGAGGAGCGGCGGGACAUCCUCUGUACACGCUUGGGUCGCUAUAUCCGUUUCCCUUACAUGACUUCCCGGAAGCUUAGGAAAGUUCUGACCUGCAAUGACUUCGACCAAGAUUUUGCUACUAAAGCUGUGCUUGAUGCCCUAUUUUUCAAGGCAGAGGCCCCACAUCGUCAGAGAAUACAUGCCGUGGAGGAGUCAUCAUCCUCUAGCCGUCGGUUUGUGGAGCGGUCGUACAAGUACAGGCCGGUCAAGGUAGUCGAGUUUGAGCUACCACGCCAGCAGUGCGUAGUCUACUUAGAUCUAAAGCGGGACGAGUGCUCGAAUCUGUUCCCGUCAGGGCGGGUGUAUUCUCAAGCGUUCCACUUGGGCGGGCAAGGCUUCUUCCUAUCCGCGCAUUGCAACAUGGAUCAAGGGAGCUCGUUUCAUUGCUUCGGCCUCUUCCUAGGGAUGCAAGAAAAGGGUUCCGUUUCAUUCGCCGUGGACUAUGAAUUCGCCGCCAGAUCCAAACCCACAGAAGAAUACAUCAGCAAAUACAAGGGUAACUACACAUUCACCGGCGGCAAGGCGGUUGGAUAUCGCAACCUAUUCAGCAUCCCGUGGACUUCGUUCAUGGCCGACGACAGUCUUUACUUCAUUAACGACAUACUCCAUCUUAGAGCUGAGCUCACCAUCAAACGCGAGGUGGCGCCCUCGUCGUAGGAGAGAGAGAGAGAGAGAUCUUGAAAUCCUUCUUCUUUCAGCUCCAAGAGAGGUACAAGGCAUGCUGAGGCUUUUGCUUAUAUUUAUAAAUUGAGUUGAAUGUUGCAAUUACUAUGAAGAGGCAGGCUGUAUACUUGUGUGAUAUAGAGAGAUGAUGUGGAUGAUGCUGAAUGCUGUAAAUAGGGUUGUCUUGGCAAGCCUUGCCUUUUUUGAGGAGCUCUAAUUUGCUUCUAUAGAGAUGCUUAAGGUGCCAUGUAUCUUAUUUAUCUUUUAUGCAAUCAAAGCUUGCAAAAUUCUCAAA